AUGCAGCGACAGGCGCGCCGGGCCUUGCUUGUCAAGAUCUACGAGCCGGCCUCACGGCUGCGGAAAGGAUCUCCCGAGUACAACAGGAUUGCGUGUUCGGGACGGGUAUGGGAAGAAUACUUCCAGCCCGGCAACAGUCGUGAAAAGGGGUACCUCGGGCUCCAGCGGGUGCACAGGCGGUUGUUGGCCGACGUCGACGCCUUGAGAGCGACUCUCCCAGUGUCGGCGCUGGGCAAGACCAUGGUCUCCGAGUAUGCGCAACAGUCCGUCAUGAUCGAGAACAACCCCCUGACAGUUGGCGACGCGCACCGCGUGCUCGAGACUCUGCAGGAGGGUGUCUUCCGACGCGUCGACCUGGCAUCGAUGUCGAGCAGCGAGCUUGUCGAGAUGGUCACCUCCGAGACGGCGGGCCAGGGCUCCGCCAUCAACGAACUGGCGAACCACAUCAUCGCGUCGCAAUGGAUUGCCGAGAGCGCGGCGUUCAAGGCCCGCACCGCGGGGUUCUGCGAAGACGAGGUACGCGACCUCGCCGUCGUGUCCGUCAGAAACACGGGUUCCGAGGCGGUAUACGACAUGCGGAGAGGCAAAGACCACCGUGCCGGCAGCAACCUGGUGUGGGGAGAACCAGUGCCGCCUGGAGAGUACCGAAACCUACCCAUCGCAGUGCGCAGCAACCGCCUCCGAAUCUUUCCCUACCCGCAGGAGAUCCCCGCCUGCGUCAGGCGGUUCUUCGAGUGGCGGGACGCGCAGCAUUGCGAGAAGAGGCUUCAUCCGCUGGUCCUGGCCUGUCAGAUGACGGCUUACUUUGUGCACCUUCACCCGUUCCCCGACGGGAAUGGGCGCACGAGCCGCAUGAUCGAACAGGAUUACCUCGCCCGCCAGGGCUACCUACCUGUCGUCAUCCAGGGGCUGGAGCGGAAGGACUACCUGCGGAUGAUCGAUAACGCCUGCGGAGGCGAACCGGGCGAGUUUGUGACGGCGGUCCUUGAGGCUCAACUGGCGGCGUUACACAGGCUGCACACUCACUGCCUUUUAACAGACGCCAUGUAG